UUAGAUCAGAUCACCAUUUUCAGCAGAAUCUUGAAACUGAAGAAGCUGAACAAAUUCACCAACCUAAACAAAAAGAUGGGCGCCCUCUGCAAACUGGUCGACGCCACCCUCUUCGUCUUCUUCCUCGUUAUCGCCAUUGUAGCGCCGCUCAUCGACGGUCAAACGUGCCUACCCCACCACUUCUUCCCGUCGUUUCUGGUUGAGCUCAAGAGCUGGUACGCACAAGACUACGGCGACUACUUGGUCUCCGAGAAGCCGCAUUUCUUUGUAGGGAUUGUUUGGCUGGAGCUCGUCUUCCAGUGGCCUCUCGCCGUCGCCUGCGUCUACGGCAUUGCCGCCGGGAAGUCUUGGGUCAGCACCGCCUGUUUGAUGUACGGCGCCUCCACUUUGACUUCCAUGGCGGCGAUACUAUCGGAGCUGUCAAUGUCGAACAGAGCAUCUGAAAAGCUGUUAAUGAUGUACUACCCGUUUUUAGGGUUUGCGGUUCUUGCUCUAUUGCGUGGUGUGCUGGAUUGUUCGGGCAAGAACGCAAGUGCAGGAAAAAGGUCCGUUCCACAUAGGAAGAAGAAGGCUUGAAAAUUUCAUCUUGUCCGAAUGCGCGUUGUUACUUCAAAUUUGAAAGAAUUGUUUCUUGCUUCUUGAUUUUCUUACAGUUACUAAAAUAUGCAUGGACUAGAAAUCAUCUUGUAAGGAAUUUGCUCAAACAGUUUUUUCUUUUAGUUAACAAAAUUCCGGGAUUGAAGGAGAUUUUCGUUUAGUUGAUUACUUUCGUUUUUUGGUUAGAUGGAUGGUUUUUUAGAUGCUACACCAGGUAGUAAAUCUA